UUGGAUACGAUGUAAACAAAAUGGAAAAUGCUGCUGUUUUUUGUAAUUUCAGGAAAUAUAAAAGUGCCUUUAAAUUCUAAAUGAUUGAAAAGAACUAGUGCUCAACCUUUUUAAUGAAACUGUCGUUGAAAAAAUGGCAUGUAAUUGGAAUAAAGAGGACUAUUUUCCCCAUCUAUUGAGGACUGACUCGACUUCUCAUGCGGCACUAGAAAAAUUGGUUGAUGAUUUGCAUGCAGAAAAGGAUCGCACGAUCAGCUCGUUUCUGUGUCAUUCCGGAUCAGAAGAUUUCCUAUGGGGUUUGGUGAGAUUACUAGGGGAAGAUAUCACCAGAGUUGCUGGAAAUGCUGCCUAUAUUAUUGGUACAUUGGCCGAGUCGGAGUUGGGCUGUUACAGAGUUCUUGCCCUUGCCCACUCUGGUCGUGCCGAGAGUGAGAAGAUUCUACCAAACCUGACGCGGAUGCUGGCUUUCAAUGAUUCUGAAUCCGUCAUGAAUGCUGCGGGUACAAUGGGAACUCUGGCCGAAAGUCCCCAAGGUCGUGAUUGGAUGUUAUCAGUUUCCUGUUUAAAUAUGCUAUUAGAUCAUGUGACAGCAUUAUUACAUACAGAAAAUAUGUGGACAGCAAGUAAUGCAGCUCUUGUUAUAGCCAGAUUAUCGAUAUCAGAAGAUGGUUGUAAUAAAAUAUUAAGUCAUCCAUUGUCGUUAAAUAUCCUCGUUAAGCUCAUCAUGUCACUCGGAACAGACGAAGCAGGACGGGGGAUGAAUGCAGCAUUUGCUAUAGGAAGAUUAUGUGAUAUGGAAUCUGGAAGACAGAGGCUACUGACAUUACCUGAAUCGGAUAAAAUGAUAUCAUCUUUAGCCCGUAUGUUGAGUUGCCCCGAUCUCGGAGCCAGUAAGAAUGCAUGUUUUGCUCUGAGUUGCCUAGCAACUAACGAUGAAGGCCAUAGUAGAUUAUUAAAGAAUCCUCUUAUAGAGGAAGUUUUGUCGGUGUUAUCACAUUUGUUGAAGUCUGAAGAUAGCGAGACAGGCUGGUUUGCCGCCAUGACUAUCCGUACACUAGCCAGUCAGCCUAAAGGAUGUGUAAAACUUCGAGAUAAUCAGCCAUUACAAACAGCAUUAAAGUUAACGGCAGCUGAACCUGAUGUCAACGUGGAUUUAAAAGAGGAAGUAGAGAUAACUCUAGAUAUAUUAAAACGUCUGGAAAAACCAAAUUUACCUGUUAUUGAAGCAAUCAAUGGCUCAGAAGUCAACAUUCAGUGGCAAGAAGUCAAACCCAAGAGUGGCCUUGAAGUUUCCUAUCAAGUUUUGGAAGGUAAUCGAAGUGUAUAUAAAGGUCAACAAUGUUCUUGUUCUGUGGACGGGCUUCAACCUGCAACCAAAUAUGGUUUUAAACUACGAUGUUUAACAGAAAACGAUGAGAGUCCAUUUACAGACGUAGUUUUUAUAACAACUUUAGAAGGCGCACCGGGUCCACCAACCAAUAUGCGUGUAUUAGGAUGUACAAUAACACAGUUAAAGAUUGGGUGGGAUCCACCAGAUAUAACAAAUGGACAGGUCAAAGGUUAUCACGUAUAUCAAGGUGGAAAACAGGUGGAUUUUACAACUGAUGUGACGUCAAUAGUAACAGGUUUAACACCUAAUUCACAGUUUACUGUUCAGGUUUGUGCUGCCACUGCCAGGGGUAAAGGUGAAAAAGCAUCUGUGGUUGGAACAACAGCUGAGCUUGGUGCCCAUGCUCCAUCGAAACCUAAUGUUACAGUUCUAGGACGUAAUGAAGUACAUGUAUCAUGGGCUAGCCCAGAGGUUCCGUUUGGUCGUAUCACCAGAUAUGAUGUUAUCAUGAAUGGGAAGAUAAUCCACACAGGAACGGAACUGUCAUGUUCCGUACACAGACUCACGCCUGAUACUGAAUAUUGUUUUGUGGUUGUUGCUAUAACUAGUGAAGGUAAAUUUGAAAGUAAACCAACAAAGAAACGGACUGCUAAAGAUGAAUAUGAUGUAACUAGGCAACCAUUAUAUCAACCACCGCCUCGACGAGAUUCUGUUACGGAAGACAUAAUAACAAGCUCAUCAUCAAAUAACAACAAACAAUCCACAUUUAAAAAUCGUAAAUCAAUAGGGGAGAUAAAACCACGUCAAAAUAGUGCCAAAAUAGAUAAAAACACAGCCAAUGUGAAAAUAGCCACAAGUUCAACCGUUGUUGUGCCAACAGCUAAUGAAAUCGUGGAUAGGCCUGAUUCAGCUGGCAGCAGUGUGACCACAAAAACCUCACCGUCUAGACCAAUAGAUACAACCAAUCAACAUCAAGAACAGAUAAAGAAAAUAAAAACAUCAGUGAAAUCACCUCCACUGGAGAAAAGACGCGAUUCCAAUUUGAAUAUGGGUGGUAGUAAUAAAUCGAAAAUAGAAUUCCAUCGACCAAGUAUUUCGAUACCUGUAUCAGUAUCCAAUAAUAAAGAUGUUUCGUCAUUUCAUCGUAAAUUAACAGAUCGUGACCCUAGUAUUAUUAAAAGUAUGUUUCCCGUGACAGUUAGCUACGUUUCAAUACAAGGAGAUGAACGACAGGACGACCUAGACUAUAAGAUUAAAAAUACUGGCGCUUGGACUCGUCGACCAAUCGGAAGAGCAGUAGUAGUUUCAAAUAAAUCAAGUGUCAAAUUAAAACUUGACAGAUCGAAGGCUUUGCCAGCGUCUGUUGGAUCUCAGAGUUCUGUGAAAGCGAAACUUUCUCAACCUGAUCCGGAUGUGCCAAUUGUUCUGGAAUCAGAUGUUUUAUACGAAUCGACAGACAAGCCAAUGGAUCCAAACGAACGAAAUAAUCGAAUAUACGAGCGCAAAACCAUGUUGCCAAAACCAACGAUGCCAAGUCAACAAUAUCUAGAUGGAGGAAAGACUUCUGUCAGUGACUUGUCUAAAUCUCGAUGUUUUGGGUCACAAGGUUUAACGGACUCAGCAUGUAGUACGGAUACGUCCGAUAGCAACAACAGAAACAGAAGUCGUCACCAGGACUAUAUUAGAGAAUUAACAAGUUUACCAGCCUUUCGUGGCUCGCCAGACACCAUGUUUGAAAACUCCCACAAUGCCUUUCUACAACGUGCCAACACAUUUGUUCACACCCACAGGAAUUCUUUACGUCGAUCAUCAGACAGAGUUACAUGUAAAUCUAGUAAUAUUACUGGUGGUCCAAUAACCUUGAACCCUGACCUGCCCGAUAAUCACACAAAUAAACUACAUAAAAGGUUUGUCCCCAUGCAGACACGCACUCAACCAGCUCAUCUUCCUCAAGGUCAUCGGGAAACGCCCAAAAUCAGUGCUACAUUAUUAGAACCACGAGGUUAUCCAGGUCGUCGUAUGGAGUCGUUGGCUCGGAGUCACAGCAGUUUAAACCCACAUUCUGCCUCCAAUCGGCGAGGUUCAGCCCGGGGUCAGACCACUGAUGAUUUUAUUAAUCUGGCCAGCCACGAAAUUAUGAAACAAGAAAAAUUAUCUCGUGGACGACCAUCAUCUCAAGUUAAAACUUUAAACUCUAAACAUAUGAAUGAACCUGACUCCGUUAGACUAUCUCAAUCGUGGGCCGUUAACGCCAGAUAGUAGUACAUAUGACCGAAUCCAAUUCCGUUAAACUAUCUCAAUCGUGGGCCGUUAACGCCAGAUAGUAGUACAUAUGACCGAAUCCAAUUCCGUUAAACUAUCUCAAUCGUGGGCCGUUAACGCCAGAUAAUAGUAUAUAUGAAUGAACCUGACUCCAUUAAACUAUCUCAAUCAUGGGUAUAUAAAAUACAUUAAACACCUUUAAUUACCUCAGGUAACAUCUUCAUUUUCAUUGGCUGUUUACAAUACAUCAAUGAGAAGUUGAGAACACAGCACAGAAAAUAUCGUCCGAUGUUAAGAAAAAUCGAGUCCUGUGAGGCCAUAAAAAAAAAAAAUUCUGUUUCUGAGACAGUCCAUGCCAAAUAUAUGAUGCGGGAGGGAGGUGUUUUUUAUUUUUAUUUUAAUGGGUUAUUUUUUGAGGAAAGAACCAUUUUUUGGUGAAAUGUCUUCUCAUAAACAUCACAUUUCAAGGUACUGCAUUUAUUUCAACAUGUUGUUUCUAGGAAUGUAUGAUUAUCCAGUACAUGUAUUUGUUAUGAUUGUGAAGAACAUUCAUCAGGGUAACGUACUUGAUAACUGAGCCUAUGCAUUUAUUCAAAUUUGUUUACAGAUUUAGUUCCUGUAUAUUUACGUGAGACUGUUUUUAUUUUUUAUAAAGUGAUGCUGGAUUGUCUUAGAACCAGAUUCUAUUUUUUAUAUGGUCUAAAAUACAGAAUAACAAAUUGACAAGCAUCUGAUUCUGAUUAAAUUGACCACCAUCAUGUCAUGGGUCGGAACCGCUUUUAUUUAUAGCAACUGCCCAGAGAUUAUUAGCUUUUUAAGAGCAUGAUGUGUCAUUUUUGCUGAAACAUGAAAUUUCUCAUGGCUUAAUUCCUGUUCAAUAUAUGUACACAGAUUUAACAUUUAAUUAAGAAAACAAAAUCAAGAUAAUUUGAUUUAAACUAGGCCCAUCAGGUUUCUCCACCAAUUUAUCAUAAGUUUAUUAAUACUGAAUGGAAUCAAGCCAUAUUUGGACUGAUAUUCCCGUUAGACAUUAGUCUCGGUCACCCAGAACCACCCAGUCUUCAGGGUACGCAGGGUCUGGGACCGUUGUAGUCUCGGUCACCCGGAACCUCCCAGUCUUCAACGUACGGAGGGGCUCGGACCGUUGUCAGUAUUUGACGAAAAGUUUCAUUGCCCAUGCGUAACCUGGAGUUGUUUUUUUUUAUGUGGUUGAUUAUCCAGUAUUUUUGGCAAAGUUAAAUAAGAGUUGCGCCCCUUCCCACAAUAAAUCCCAUAAUUCUUUCAUUAAUAUAAACAAACAUGAAUCUUGAGGAAUUAGGAUUAAUUAAAAAUACAUAGAUAUGGCCCAUGGAGAGAGAAAUUUUACAAUAAAAAAAAACUGGAUAUUGAAAUGGCAAUGCAAUCAAAUUGAUUUUCUAAAAUGACAUUCUUAAAUUAAUUUCAUGGGCGUCAACAUCUUGUUUUAGGACUAGUUACCUCCCGUAGACUUUGUUUAUGAUAAUGUAAAAGACUGGCAUCUGGACUAAUAUUCGUAGAAUAUUUUUCUGGAUGAUAGAGACUAGUUAGACAUUAAACUUCCACAAUAUUGUAGUUUGUAAAGAGAUUCCUUUAACGUAUAAAUAACCCAUCAAGUCUAAAAGUUAUUGUUUUAUCAGCACAAUAAAAUAUUUAUCUAUUUUAGAUUAUUUUUACAUUGUAUAUGUUAGUGAUUUAUCUUAUUUCACCUAAAAUAGUAUUAAUUUAUUUAGAUCUCUAUUGUUGCUAUGGUAACAUAAGAAAUUAAUGUGGCAAGAUAUUAAUGCAACCCAGAAUGUUAUUAUUAUACUAUUAUUUGCCAUCUGCUGAUUUAUUAUGAGGUAUUUAAGUAAUCCAUUGUUGCCACGGUGACUAUGAUACUGGCUGUUCGUUUACCAGAGUGGUUUCCCCUUGUCAUUGGUGCAGGAUGGAGUGGUUUCCCCCUUGACAUUGGUGGCAGAUUGAGGCUUCUUUCGAAGAAUUAUAGGUCAGGAUUUAUGUGACAUUUUAUUGAAACUUGGUUCAGUUAGUCGUGUGGAAAAAUGCUAUCAAAACUGAGGGUUAACAAAUUUUUCACAGAGUAAUGAUUUGUUUCAAACAUUCAUGCCUAGUUAUUGCCCCAUCCAGACCCCCGAAAACCUAUUUUAGGGCACAAAUAUAUUCAUUAUUUGGCAAUGUCUGUUUUUGAAAUGGGUUAAAGAUAUUGGCACCUAAUAACAGUGUUUGGGGAAUGGCCUGUAGAUGAUUUUAUCAGGAUUACCUCCCCCUGUAUUUAUGAUUUUACCAGGAUUAUCUCCCCCUGUAUUUAUUUUAAUUUCUUGCUCACAUUAGUUUCUUAGUUUACAUUAGUAUAUUUAUAUAAAAUAUCUUUCUCGGAAACCCAUCUUCUAUUUACUCUCAGAUAGCAUGUUAUGCCUACUUCUCCAAGACCAUCUCAUACCACCACUAUUUACUUCCAGAUAGGAGGGUUGGAUGGCUGAAUGGUUAGCAUGUGCGCACAGUAUCAUGAAGUCUGUCAUUGAGUCAACUGGCGCGGUUUUGUUUUCCGGUUGUACGUGACAAGGAGUAGUGUCGCCUGUUCAACCUCAAGGGUUUUCUCCGGGUCCUCUGGUUUCCUCCCACUUCUAAAGACCCCUACGCGCAAGCGAAUUAUUGAAAUAAAUGGAACCAUGUGUUAGUCCUGAAAUGACCUAGUUUGUGUCAAGUGGAUGUUAAAAUUCCAUUUCUCUCUCUCUACUCCCAGAUAGCAUGGUAUGCCUACUCCUUCAAUUUACUCUCAGAUAGCAUGUUAUGGCUACUCCUUCAAGACCAUCUCAUACCACUUCACCUCUAGUUCUACCUCUAGUUCUACCCCUAGAAUUGAUGCGUUUUAGUUGAUUUUAACCUAGGUAAGUCAUUGGUAUAAGUUUAACAGUGAAAUUUAACUCUAGUGUUAACUGAUUUAUUGAUGGUGGGUUUAACAUAGUGUUAUCUGAUUUAUUGAUGGUGGGUUUAACAUAGCGUUAACUGAUUUAUUGAUGGUGGGUUUAACAUAGUGUUAACUGAUUUAUUGAUGGUGGGUUUAACAUAGUGUUAUCUGAUUUAUUGAUGGUGGGUUUAACAUAGUGUUAUCUGAUUUAUUGAUGGUGGGUUUAACAUAGUGUUAACUGAUUAUUGAUGGUGGGUUUAACAGUGUUAACUGAUUAUUGAUGGUGGGUUUAACAUAGAGUUAACUGAUUUAUUGAUGGUGGGUUUAACAUAGUGUUAUCUGAUUUAUUGAUGGUGGGUUUAACAUAACGUUAACUGAUUUAUUGUUGGUGGGUUUAACAUAGUGUUAUCUGAUUUAUUGAUGGUGGGUUUAACAUAACGUUAACUGAUUUAUUGAUGGUGGGUUUAACAUAGUGUUAUCUGAUUUAUUGAUGGUGGGUUUAACAUAACGUUAACUGAUUUAUUGAUGGUGGGUUUAACAUAGUGUUAUCUGAUUUAUUGAUGGUGGGUUUAACAUAGCGUUAACUGAUUUAUUGAUGGUGGGUUUAACAUAGUGUUAUCUGAUUUAUUGAUGGUCGGUUUAACAUAGUGUUAUCUGAUUUAUUGAUGGUGGGUUUAACAUUUUGUUAACUGAUUAUUGAUGGUGGGUUUAACAUAGUGUUAACUGAUUAUUGAUGGUGGGUUUAACAUAGUGUUAACUGAUUUAUUGAUGGUGGGUUUAACAUAGUGUCAACUAAUUUAUUGAUGCUGGGUUUAACAUAGUGUUAUCUGAUUUAUUGAUGGUGGGUUUAACAUAGCGUUAACUGAUUUAUUGAUGGUGGGUUUAACAUAGUGUUAUCUGAUUUAUUGAUGGUGGGUUUAACAUAACGUUAACUGAUUUAUUGAUGGUGGGUUUAACAUAGUGUUAUCUGAUUUAUUGAUGGUGGGUUUAACAUAACGUUAACUGAUUUAUUGAUGGUGGGUUUAACAUAGUGUUAUCUGAUUUAUUGAUGGUGGGUUUAACAUAGUGUUAACUGAUUUAUUGAUGGUGGGUUUAACAUAGUGUUAUCUGACUUAUUGAUGGUGGGUUUAACAUAGCGUUAACUGAUUUAUUGAUGGUGGGUUUAACAUAGCGUUAACUGAUUUAUUAAUGGUGGGUUUACGAGAGAAGAUAAAACAUGUGAUUAUUUUAAACCAAUUUUUAAAUCACAGUUUUUGAUAAAAAAUAUUUUUACUCUUUUUUAAAAAUAUAUUUCCUUUUUAUGCAUUAUGUAUAGAAUUUUGUAAAUAUGUACAAAGACUUGUAAUUGUACAUUCUGAAUUAUACGACUUUAUUCCUUUCUGUUUACCUAAAAUAUUAAAACACU